UCGCAGUGCAGCUGACCAGGCCGAGCAAACAUGGCGGACACGAGGAGGCGUCUACUUCACAACAAGUAACUGACAGAGCGAUACCGUCGGCUACCCAGCUCGGUACUCAGUAGUUCUUCGUACCUUAACUCGGUAACGAUCAUUUAAGUAAAAUGGAUGAUGUUGAGAUCGAGGACGUUAAUGACGACGGCUCGCCUUAUCAUGUGGAGAAGGUGCCUCUUACAAACCAGGAUGUCACUUCCCUAGCUCUCACUGUAGGGGAGUUCCUGAGCCAGUAUGGCUGGUACCUGCUGGCUGUGACUGUGAUGACCUACCUGCUCAUCCAGCGUCUGAGCAAGAGGAGAUCCACCCAGAAUGGCAGCAGCUCCCUUCCACAAACGCCACAAGAUGCGGCAUUUGUGGCAAGAAGACAAGAGGCCAUGGAAGCUGCUCGGAGAAAAAUGCAAGAGGAGCUUGAUGCCAAAGCAGCCAUCUUUAGAGACAAACAGAAACAGCAAGAAGAAGAGAAGAGGAGGCAGAAGAUAGAGGUAUGGGAGAGUAUGCAGCAGGGAAAGAGUUACAAAGGAGCUGCAAAACUUUCUCAGACCUCUGAAGAGGCCAACUCAUCAUCACUGCUGAAACCAAAGACGGACAAGAAGCCACUUCGCAGUGCUGACUACAAUCCUCUGACUGGACAGGGAGGAGGCUCCUGCUCCUGGAGACCCGGCAGGAGAGGGCCGUCGUCCGGUGGAUGAGGCUAAAGAAGGUCAGAGAAAUAGGUCUGUGGGCCUUUUGACCUCUGACAGCAGAACCGCACACUGCCUGAUGAAACCAAGCUGACAAUGUCACAAAGCCACCCACCCUUUUCUUGGUCUAUACGUAUGUUGAUCAGUUAGCAUCGUUAAUAACUGAUACCUCUACUGUUUUUUCUAUUCUAUUUUUUCUCUGUUGCUAUGUUCUAUUUAACCUCUGUUUUUAAGGUCACCUUAAGCCAUGCUGUUAAUCUCUGACUCCUUCUGAAUGGUAAAGGCAUUGUACAAUUGAAAGCUUGUCAUGAAGUCAUUCCUGUAAAUGGUUAAUAACCAGGAGGUUUGGCUGAUGAAUUUCACAGUCAGUGUUUAUUUCUAUAUAUACAUAUAUUUUUCAAAUAGUUUAGUCAUCGAUGUGUGCCCCUGUAUCUUCAGAGUUUAUAUUGCUGUAGCAGGCGGACAGUGCUUAAUUAUAAGAAUUAGUACAUGGAUGAUGUAGUUAUGCAUAAUUUGAUAUAUUGUAAUUUAAGGUCUGUUGUUGUUGCUUGAUUUAUGCAAUAAAGAUCAUUACCAGGA